CCCCUCCCCUGACCCCGCCCUCACGGUGGCGGCAAGAUGGCGGCGGCCAUGGCGUGGCUGAGGCGCGGCGCCUGUGGCCCGGCCCGGCGGUGCGGGCUGGCGGCGGGCCGCAGCUACAGCGGCGGCGGCGCGUACCCCAGCGUGUCGCUGGCGUGCCCGCUGCCCGGCGUGCCCAAGGCCGUGUUCGCGGCGGCCGAGAGCCGGGAGCGCUUCGAGACGCGGGUGACGGUGCUGGAGAACGGGCUCCGCGUGGCCUCGCAGAACAAAUUCGGGCAGUUCUGCACCGUGGGCCUGCUGGUGAAUUCGGGAUCAAGGCACGAAGCCAAAUACCUCAGUGGUAUCUCCCACUUCUUGGAAAAACUGGCGUUCUCUUCCACAGCUCAGUUUGGCAGCAAGGAUGAAAUUCUCCUCACCUUAGAGAAGCACGGAGGCAUUUGUGACUGCCAGGCAUCGAGGGACACCAUCAUGUACGCAGUGUCUGCUGAUGCCAGAGGCCUGGACACCGUGGUCAACUUGCUGGCUGAUGUAACACUGCAGCCCAGGUUAUCAGAUGAGGAAAUCGAGAUGACCCGAAUGGCCAUCAGGUUUGAGCUGGAGGAUCUGAACAUGAGGCCUGACCCAGAGCCUCUCCUCACGGAAAUGAUCCAUGCAGCAGCCUUCAGAGACAACACAGUGGGACUGAACAGGUUCUGCCCCGUGGAGAACACGGACAAAAUCACCCGGGACGUGCUGCACUCGUACCUGAGCAGUUACUACACCCCAGACAGGAUGGUGCUGGCCGGGGUGGGCAUCGAGCACGAGCACCUGGUGGAGUGUGCCAGGAAAUACCUGCUGGGCGUGCAGCCCGUGUGGGGCUCCGGCCAGGGCAGGGCUGUGGACAGGUCUGUGGCUCAGUACACCGGAGGCAUUGUCAAGGUUGAAAAAGACAUGUCAGAUGUGAGUCUGGGCCCUACUCCCAUCCCAGAGCUCACCCACAUCAUGAUUGGGUUAGAAAGCUGCUCAUUUUUAGAGGACGAUUUCAUUCCUUUUGCGGUGCUGAACAUGAUGAUGGGAGGUGGUGGCUCUUUCUCAGCUGGAGGGCCUGGCAAGGGCAUGUUCACCCGGCUGUACCUCAAUGUGCUCAACAGGCACCACUGGAUGUACAAUGCCACCUCUUACCACCACAGCUAUGAGGACACAGGUCUCCUGUGUAUCCAUGCCAGUGCAGAUCCAAAACAGGUUCGGGAGAUGGUGGAAAUCAUCACCAGGGAAUUCAUCCUCAUGGCAGGAACAGUGGGAGAGGUGGAACUUGAGAGAGCAAAGACACAGCUCAAAUCCAUGCUCAUGAUGAACCUGGAGUCUCGGCCAGUGAUCUUUGAAGAUGUGGGGAGGCAGGUUUUGGCAACAAACACAAGGAAGCUACCUCAUGAGCUCUGUGCCCUCAUCAGUCAGGUGAAACCCGCUGAUAUCAAGAGGGUGGUGACCAAGAUGCUGCAUAAGAAGCCAGCAGUGGCUGCCCUGGGUGACCUGACAGAUCUGCCCACGUACGAGCACAUCCAGGCCGCCCUCUCCAGCAAGGACGGGCGGCUCCCGCGGCUCUACCGCCUCUUCCGAUAGAGCAGCACCUCCUGCUCUGCUCACAAUCCCCUCUUUUGUAAUGGUUUUUUUUCUGAUUCUCAUGUUGCUGUACCACCCUCCCUGCCCCCAAUGCUCCCAGGCAUUCUGUGGAGCUGAGCAAAGCUGCUUCAGAGCACUGCACUGUGAAGAGCUCGUGUGAGGAGCCAGCGCUGGCUCUGGAGGAGUUUGACCCUCUGAGUAGGCUACAAGAGAAGAUGGGUGUUGACACCUUUCUCUUGGCUGUGGGGAGAACAGAGCAAGCCAAAAUAUUCAUCACUACAGUGAGAGCACAGCUCUGAGCAGUCCCUGCCUCUUCAUCUCCCCAGCAGUGGAAGUGGGGCUGUCACAUGAGGCCCCCACUGUGCCCUUCCUGAGGAAUGAGUGGCACCUUAAACAGCUUGGCUUACACGGCUGAAUUCAAGGAAUAUUUAUAACUGUUACCAAGCUGAACAAAGACUCGGUCAAACUGAAUUAGGAAAAUAAUAGUUACUGUCCCUGUGAAGUUAGGCAAAAAGUCCUGCAAUCCAGAUUUUGUUACAAAUCAUGGAUCCAUUUCAUCACUGUAAUUCACCGUCUGACCAGGAGUCACCCACCUGGGAAAAACUUCAUCUUGCUAGAGCUCCAAGGAAGCAGACCCAUGACAGAACCAAUUUUCUGUGGAGUUCUCUGCAGAAGUACUGUACAUAAUGGACACUUGAGAAUGAGAUCAGUCAUAUUCUUUACAUUUUUCACUUGGACAUGAACUGUGCUAAGGAAUAUUUUUUUUUCCUCCAGAGUUGCUAUAGAAACAGUUAUUAAAGGAGUUGCUGCUGCUUCACCUUAAA